CUGCUGUGGUGGGAGCCCUUCGGGGGCGGCCGCAGCGCCACCAGGCGCCCCCCCGACUGCCGGCUGCGCUUCAACAUCAGCGGCUGCCGGCUGCUCACCGAUCGCGCGGCCUACGGGGAAGCCCAGGCGGUGCUCUUCCACCACCGAGACCUGGUGAGGGGACCCCCGGACUGGCCCCCGCCCUGGGGCGCCCACGUGCGCCUGACGGAGAAUCAGCAGCUGCAGGUGUUGGACGACGAGGAGGAAGCGGCGGAGGCAGCCGUAGCCCUGGCCGCCUCGGGCCCCAGGCCCCCCGGCCAGCGCUGGGUGUGGAUGAACUUCGAGUCGCCCUCCCACUCUCCCGGGCUGCGAAGCCUGGCCGGGAACCUCUUCAACUGGACACUCUCCUACCGGGUCGACUCGGACGUCUUCGUACCUUACGGCUACCUCUACCCCCGCACCCACCCCAGCGAUCAACCGCCGGGCCUGGUCCCGCCGCUGGCCCAGAAGCAGGGGCUGGUGGCCUGGGUAGUGAGCAACUGGGAUGAGCGCCAGGCUCGGGUCCGCUACUACCGCCAGCUGAGCCAGCAUGUGGCCGUGGACGUGUUCGGAAAGGACGGGCCCGGGCAGCCGGUGCCUGAGGUUGGGCUCCUGCAGACAGUGGCCCGCUACAAGUUCUACCUGGCCUUCGAGAACUCGCAGCACCUGGAUUAUAUCACCGAGAAGCUGUGGCGCAACGCCUUCCUGGCCGGGGCUGUGCCCGUGGUGCUGGGCCCCGACCGUGCCAAUUAUGAGCGCUUCGUACCCCGCGGUGCCUUCAUCCACGUGGACGACUUCCCUAGUGCCUCCUCCCUGGCCGCCUACCUGCAAUUCCUCGACCGAAACCCCUCUGCCUACCGCCGCUACUUCAGCUGGCGCCGGAGUCACGCCGUGCACAUCACCUCCUUCUGGGAUGAGCCUUGGUGCCGGGCCUGCCAGGCUGUGCAGACGGCUGGGGACCAGCCUAAGAGCAUCCGUAAUUUGGCUGGCUGGUUUGAGCGGUGAAGUCAUCCUCCCCUGGGUAGAACCCAGGGAGGCCAAAUCGUCAUCUGGAUCCUCUUGCUGUGCGUCUCCUUGACUGCCGAAUCAUGGGACUAAAUUUUCCAAACAUCCAUUUUUAAUCCAUGGGAACAAGUUGAUUUACCAAUUACUAAUAUUCAGCAAAGCGACUGGGUGGGAAGGAUGCCCGGGGCUCAUGCUUUCUUGCACAAAUGGCAGUGGGGCUCCCUCUGUUGUCCAAGAGCAUCGGUGCUCUGGGUUGAGGAAGGGAGUCCUUUCUCGCCUAGUACCCAGGGCAGAGGGAGAGAAGUAGCUUAACUACAAAAAAACCAUUCAGUUGCUCUGAAUUUCCUCAUCAGCCGCAGGCCGUAUUUGUGGCCUGUGCUGAGUGUCACACACUGCUCCUCGAUUCACGUAUCACUGGGCCAAAUGCAGCAAACCCUGAUUUUAGAAAGAGCCUUGUUGCAGGGUAGUGAAAGCCCUGUCUCCUAAGAAAGGUGAGGAGGGUGAUCCAAGAAUCCAUUGCCUUCCUUAACAAGUACUGUUUUUCCCUUGCUUCAUAAAUGGAAGCAGGAUGCUGGAUUGUCCUUGGAGAAGAGUUAAGUUAAAUAUGUGGUGUACCUCACUUUACACAAAGUUAUUCCUGAGAAGCCGCUUUUGAAUCAAACUCACUUCUUUAGGAGAGCUCAGUGUUUAAUAGAAGCUAUGGAGAAUCCGUUUACAGUGUGAAUAAUCAUCUCCCGACUUACUUCUUCUGUGUCUCUGUUUUUCUAUAACUUGGAUUUUUUUGAAAGCAUAUUAAAAUUACAGAUGUGAAAAUAAA